AUGGCUCUAAUUGAAGAAACCAUGGAAAUUGACCCCGUGGUGGUGGUGGUGGUGGUGGUGGAGGAGGAGGAGGAUGGUAGAAGCAGAGCGAAAACUCUGCAACCACAGGAACUUCCCCCCAACAGAGGAAAAGAUAAUAGGAAGAAGGAACAUGAAACCUACUUAGCAGGAUUUGAGCUUAUUGAGCAUGGAUACCGUCACCUAGUAGAUAAGAGAGGUGAUAGUAUCUAG